AUGCCAUAUACGGUAGGUAAUAAGAGAAUCAUUUUGAGCGAGGACCUCUCAGAAUCGGACCAAAAGUUGCUUUUGAAACACUCAAAAGUGUUUCGAUACUGUUUGAACAAUGCCUGUAUUAAAUUCUUGCUCAACUUGAAGAAAAUCAUCCACUUGUAUUCAGAUAUAAUGAUCAUUUAUUCCACCUUGUUAAACAAAAUCCCCCAUUAUGAUGAUAUCACACAUAUGACUAGUCGAUGUAAAACAAACUUAUUACGGUUGGAGGAUGAUUUCAACGAUUUCUUUGGCCAUGGAAUUAGGAACGCAUAUGACUCAAGCUGCGAUAAUAGCGACGAACACAAGUUUGAUUUAGUAGCAAAUUGGUGUGACCAAAACUACGAAAAGGGGAUGAAGCCCGGUUUCCAGCUCUGGCUCAAGGCCUCGAUGGCUAUGUUUGAGCAGAUUGAUAAGACCUUGUUAUGUAUUGAAUUGUUUUUUUCCUCCUAUACCAAUUUGAAGAAACUACUUAUCCCGUUUUUGAAGGAGCAAACUAGCUCCCUUCAACACUCAUUGAAGCUAGUUGACCAUUAUCUCCAGGUUCCAUUAAUUGUUGAUGAUAUUUCCAAAAAUGAGUAUGAUCAGCAAGUAUUUCAAAACUUGAAAGAGAUUGAAAAAAUAACUAGUGGAAUAGAGAAAGAGGCGGGUAAUUUGAAUACGGCAUUUGUCACAUUUGACGGUUCAUUGUCAAUGUAUACCAAUAUACUAUUGGGCAAAGCUAUACUUAAGAGAUAUAUUGAGUCGCGAUAUUGCCAAUUGAUCAAGAGAAGAGAAAUAUGCUGUCAGGCCUCUGAACGUGUGGUUAGUAUCCCAUUGACAGAGGACAAGCCAUGUUAUAACCCUUCGAUGAAAUUCCUUGGGAAAACUCUAACUUACUUUGUUAUGGCGAUUAUGAUGUUGGUUAUUAUUGUUUUCUACAGGUUCUAUAAAAUUAUAUUUGAGACUUGA